CAUACAGACGGACGUAGGAUUACGUGAUGGCGACAUCGACGCGCGUCUCAGUGGAAGGGAGGGGGCAGAAGAUUAAAAGACAGGACACAAGACGAGUAAUGAUGGUGGUUUGUGUUAAAAAACAAAGUGUUUGAUUUGUAUCGAACAUUUACCGAGUACCAGCGCGGAACAGUCGGAGCUAGCUGACAUUUCUGACUAAACAUCCCUGCUUUGGCCUUCUUGAACAUGGAAGAGCUCCAUACUCACUGCGUUUCAUGUGUGAGCCGGCGGUGCAUGGUCAAGCCUGAGCCUGGCACUUCCUGUGACCUCCUUGCCUGCCCGAUGGUUUGCGGUGCUGUUUUUCACAACUGCAAGUCAGAUGAGCAUCGGUUGCUGUGCCCACUAGAGAGGGUACCAUGCCUCAACCACAGCAUCGGCUGCCCUUUCGUGCUGGCCCGUGCCAAGAUGGCGGAGCAUCUUGAGGUGUGUCCGGCUGGCGUGGUAUGUUGUACCAUGGAGUGGAACCGGUGGCCAGUGAAUGACGAGGACUACCGUUCCUACGAGAGGUUGAGUCGGGAAGCAGAUGAGGAAGAACAGCUAGACAUGGCUCUUGCCUUGCAGGACCAGCGCACUAUGCUGGCCUCGCUCAAACUUGUGUCUCUUGCACCCACAAAUUGCCCUGAGAGAAAACCACCGCUUGCAGAGAUCCGGGAAAAGCCAAGCGUAAUUGCAGAUGUUAUGGUUCCCAUCAUGCCACUUGAGGAAUUCAUGGAUGAGGAAUCUGUGUUAAGUUGCUCGAAAGAUAUAAUCAGCAAUGGGAUUAAUGGGAUGAAUGAGGAGCAUUAUGGUGAGUUGUACAAAACCACAGUAGAGACAACCAAAAGCCUGUCUGCUGCUCUGAAUGUUCUGAUACACCUCAACGCCUCAGACACACAGUGUCCGACUACAAGUGUUUUAGCAUUGCAGCCAGAAUUAAAUGGGGAGUUACAUAAAGUUUUACUUGAGAAGGAAGCCACUGGAUCCAACUCUGAUAAAAUAGCCAGUGGAGUGUGUGGUUUAAGCGAGGAGUUGCAGCCUCAACACCACCAAACCUUCAUGGAAUUGGGAACAAACUUGGUCUUAGCUCUUGGUGCGCUUGGAGAUGCUGUCAAAGGCUCUGAGCCCAGUUGUAUUGUCAGUGAGCCCAAUGGUGAAAUCCAUCAGCCACAUACUGUUGAACAUGUAGACAUUGAAAUGAAGGAUAGUGCAUCUGAAAAUGAGGUUGAAUUAGGGGCAGUUGGUGGAAUUGAUUCUGGGGAUGAGGACAAACCUCCUUGCCACAUUAGUGAAGAACUUUGUCAAGAAUCUUCAAAAAGUCUAGUAGAUGAGGAUGAGCAAAGUUUGUGUAAUGAUUGUCACAAUGCUGUAGCAUCUACAAAAUCACAGGACCAUACUAUGGAACCAGCUGAGAUAGAUGUGUGUUUGGAGCAUGGUGGUUCUUGGGAGUUUGUUGGUCCGUUAUUUACGCACAGACCAGAAGUGAGACAUGAGAUUGCAAUGCAGGCGGCAUUCAGAUCCCAGGCUCCACUUUUACAGCCACCUGUGCAUGCCCAGGAACUGGUUGUGCCCAGGGACAGUGUGCUUCCAUCUAUAGUGUUAGACUUUGAAGAUAAGGCUUUUGAGAGAAAACUCCAAAACCUUCAGUUGCUCCGCAAUUUCAUGCCUCUUGCACUUAACGGGCGGAAAGGUUGCUUUACAGAGAGCUUUCCACCUAGACAGCAUCGUUGUAAGAUGGAGGAUAAAGCUGUGGACACGUCCGAUUUAGAGCAGGAACCGCAGGAUGACCCCCUGGGCCUUGGUGAGAUUGACUUCACAGCUGCAGCUCUGCUUUUUUGCCUAGAGGAGUCACCACGUGCCCGAAGAAUCUCUGACACCGUCUAUGCCUUUGGAGGUUCACAUGUUGAUUUUGGCACUCAGACCUUCAGUUUUCCUGCUGCCAUCUUAGCGACCAGCACCAUGGUUGGUGAGGUGGCGUCAGCUUCAGCUUGCGACCGAGCAGCACCCCGUCUCUCACAGCCUAGUCCCUUUUGUACUUUAAGAUUAGAUUUGACCAUGGAGCAGCUGGUGCCACGACCCAGUUGGGCACCACGUGAAGGCUCUAUGUUCACGUUUGAAUGUGGCCAGCUGUUUCGCAGAGAAGAGUUCCUCUCACACUUCCGCAACGUCCACGGAGACAUCCACUCGGGGUUGAACGGCUGGAUGGAACACCGCUGCCCACUCGCCUAUUAUGGCUGCACCUAUUCCCAACGUAGGCUCUGCCCAUCCAGGCAGGGAGCAAAGAUCGUCCAUGACCGAUACCUCAGGUCAUUUGGGAUUCAGCCCAUAAUGGAUGCAGUAACAGAACCUGACUGUGAUCGGUUGAGCGCGUUACCCUUUGAGAUCCUGCAGCAUGUGGCACAGUUCCUGGAUGGCUUCAGCUUGUGCCAACUGUCCAUGGUGUCACGUACCAUGAGGGAUGUAUGUGCAAGUCUGCUGCAGACACGGGGCAUGGUGGUGGUACAGUGGGAAAAAAGGCAGUAUCCUGAUGGGAGGCGAUCUUGGCAGAUAAAAGACAAGGUUUGGCGAUUCAGUACAGCCUUCAGUCCCGUGACCCGAUGGGAGUUUGCGGACAUUUCCAGCAUGUCGGACCACCUGAAACGCUGUCCGUAUAACGAGGUCCAUAAACAGGUGGACGCCGUGCCGCUGCCGUGCAUGUGCACAACCAGGGAGCUUACCCGAGGCGGGCGAUCACUCCGUUCUGUCCUCAAGCCAGUAUUAUAACGUCAACAAUAACAAUCAGAGUGAAAGUGCUAUAACGCUACCUUACCUAACCUCUUUAAUCAAUAAUAUCCAUUGCUGUGUACAUAAGAGAUUAUUUUUUUGAGUUAAGAUUUUUAUAUAUAUAUAUAUAUGGUAUAUAAGUCUAACAAUUGCUUGGUUUAUGAUGAGUUUUAAUGACACGUGCACUGAGAAAGAUAUCCAUAGUUUGCCUUGUUUCUCACAAAAAUGUUUGGUAUAUUCUAGAGCUGCUCUGCCCAUGAGAGGUAACACUAAAAUGACAAAAAUAACUCGGUCUAAUAGAGUCCAAUGAAGAGCCUUAAGCUGUGUAUUUUGAUUUGUUGGAAUUAAACAUCAUGGAGUUUUACUCGCUUCCAUCAAGUGCUGUCACAUUAUGUCCAUAUGUUCCAGUUAAAACGACUGGACAAGACCCAUACAGGAGGAGGCGUCUUUUCAGGAUAAGCACCAAUGGAGCCAGUGGUGAAAGAGAGAUGGAUUUCAUUACAUUUAAGUGGUGAUACCAUGCCACCAGCUGUCAAUUAUUGUUAGAAAUCUAUUGCACAGAUUCCCAACCCUGUUACUGGUGUUUCAUCUGUCCUACUCAGGAAGUCACCUCCCUCCUACUCGAACCCAAACUCAGGAAGAGUUCUUAAUUAAAUGAUGAGUUGAAUUAGAUGUACUGGAGCAGGGAAAACACAAGGACGUACAGGGCAGAGGGUGCUCCAGGACUUGAAGACCCUGUGGUCUUUUUUUUGUUUUUGAAUACAUGACAUUUUGAUGACCAGCAGCUGAUCCUAAACUAGCACUCAUACCCCAUGAUUCUGCAUAAUAAAAAGUGAUGAUUGAUGAAUGAAAGUGUUGACUUAGGAUCAUGCAAUUCUGCACAAAUAUGUUUGCAAUUUUCAUCUAAAUACACAUUUUUUUCCUCACAGUAUGAGCUGUCAAAGCAUGUUGGCCAUAUGUAUUUUUUUUUCAUCUGCACAUUACUGAACUCUCUAAUGCUUGGACCCUGGUAUAAACCCAGAGACCAGCAUCAUUAUCAUCAUUCAUCACUUUUGUUGGCUUUUAAAUGAGGGCUUUUAAAUGACACUCUACAAGCACUUAAUAUGUGUCAAGAAACAUAAUGUAGCACCUUCUUAAAUAUUGUAAACACUCCUAACAUAAAGGUUUACAUAUCUAAUGUGUUCUAUCUCCAUGUCCAAGUUCACAAGUGCAUGUUGAAUGAAAAGGUUUAGAUUGUGGAUCGUCACAUUCAUUUAUAAAGGCUUUACAAGUAUGUGCAGUUAAUCUGUCGGGUAAUAAUAACUUGCUAUCCUUUCACCUAAGUGCAGAGAAUUUUUUAAGACCAUUUCCAUCAAUGCACACUUCCUUUUUGUGUCUUUGAGCUUUCUGUUACAUUUUGAAGAACAUUCAGUGCUGAAUUGGAUUAACGUUUGGGAUUCAGAAGCACUGCUUUAGCUUCAAUCCCAAAGCCAAGUUUUUGUGUUUGUAUAAACCCAAUGAAGGCCUUAUGGACUGUUUUGGUUUUGUUUUGUUUUGUUUUUGGCAACUCUUGCUGCUGCUGAAGAAGAAGGAAAAGUGUUUGCCUGACCAAGCGUUGUGGCACCAAUGAUCUGGAGAUUAACCGAGAAAUUAUAUAGUCCAGACCUGCAUGUGGUUUUUGGUUGUGUUGAAUAAAAAGAUAUUUUAUCAA